UCACCUUCUCGCAGGUGUUUGGCCAUCAGUGUCAACUUCUGGAGGCAGCCGUCCAGUCGCUCCGCACCUUGAACGACCAGAUCUCCGACUUCAUCGUCCACAAGGCCCAGGCGCUGGAGGAGGACGACGGCUCCCUGCAGGCCUUCCUGCCCGCCGAGAGCGGCACCCUCAGGAGGUCCAUGUCCCUCAUGACCCAGCUCCUGAUGGACGCCCAGGCCAAGAUCGCCGGCAUGAUGGAGGGGAACCAGCAGCUGGCGCUGCGCAUCGACGGAGCGCUCCAGGCGGCCGGGCAGGAGGUCAGCGCCCUGCGAGCCGAGCUGGGCGCCGCCAGCCGCAGACUGGCCGAGCUCAGCGCCGACGGGCCCCCCUGCGCCGCCGAGAUGGCCGGAGCCGGCCCGGACCCCGCGCAGCCCAGCCUGCAAGUCCUCCUGCGGGAAGAGGUCAGCCAGCUGCAGGAGGAGAUCCACUUGCUGCGUCAAAUGAAGGACAUGCUGACCAAGGACCUGGAGGAGACGCACGGGGGGGACAAGGCCUCCGAGAUCCUCCCGGCCACCGAGCUCAAGGUCCAGCUGGCCCAGAAGGAGCAGGAGCUGGCCAGGGCCAAGGAAGCCCUGCAGGCCAUGAAGGCCGACCGGAAGCGCCUGAAGGGGGAGAAGAGCGACCUGGCCAGUCAGAUGCAGCAGCUCUACAGCACCCUGGAGAGCCGCGAGGAGCAGCUGAGGGACUUUAUCCGCAACUACGAGCAGCACCGGAAGGAGAGUGAGGACGCAGUGAAGGCCCUGGCCAAAGAGAAAGACCUCCUGGAGCGGGAGAAGUGGGAGCUGCGGCGGCAGGCCAAGGAGGCCACCGACCACGCCAGCGCCCUCCGCUCGCAGCUGGACCUGAAGGACAACCGCAUGAAGGAGCUGGAGGCCGAGCUGGCCAUGGCCAAGCAAUCCUUAGCCACCCUGACCAAGGACGUCCCCAAGCGGCACUCGCUGGCCAUGCCUGGCGAGACGGUGCUGAACGGGAACCAGGAGUGGGUGAUGCAGGCCGACCUGCCCCUCACGGCCGCCAUCCGGCAGAGCCAGCAGACGCUCUACCACGGCCACCCCCAGCACACGGUGGACCGGCAAGGGGUCCGAGUCAGCCCGUGCCACUCCCGGCAGCCUUCCAUCAUCUCCGACGCUUCGGCGGCCGAAGGGGACCGGUCCUCCACGCCGAGCGACAUCAACUCUCCUCGGCACAGAACACAUUCCCUCUGCAAUGGAGAUAGUCCUGGACCGGUACAGAAAAAUCUGCACACCCCAUUUGUCCAGUCUCUAGAGGACCUGGAGGACCAGAAGCGCAAGAAGAAGAAGGAGAAGAUGGGCUUCGGCUCCAUCUCGCGGGUCUUCGCCCGAGGGAAGCAGCGCAAGUCCCUGGACCCCGGGGUCUUCGACGGGGCGGCCCCCGACUACUACAUAGAGGAAGACGCAGACUGGUGACGGGCCGCCCCCCCCUCCCGCUCCCGGUGCGCGUGUGAGUGCGUGUCGGGGGGGUGAGCCUCCAGUUGCGCCAAGGCCCCGAACCCGGCUGCUCCCGCGUGGCCCUCCUGUGACCCCCCCCCUGUACAUAGCCCCCCCUCCCCUCCCCACACUCCCGUGUACGAAGCCCUUAACUGUCGUCUGUUGAGCGAUGCUGCCCGUGUUGUGUAGCCCCCCCUGGUCCUCCUGGGGGGGGUCUGGUUGAUUUUGUUCUUCCUCCUGUUCCUCCUCCUCCUCCUCCUCCCCCAACAGCCUUUGUUUUCUAUUCUCUGCCCUUUCUUGUCCCCCUCCCCACUUUCCUUUCUACAAAACUUGAAAAACUUGAAGGACUGAUGCGCAUUUGUAAAUAGCCGCCACCACCAAGGUGCACUUU